CACGACCGACACAUCACUACUACAUAAGGCCUGCGUGUUCAGCGCUUGCUGUCUUACAGAGACUGUCGAGGGAGAAGAAAGACAUCAGAAAAAUACGGAUCAGAUAUGGCCAGGUUAGAUGUCAUAGAAAAGUUUCAUGGAAUUUCUUUUCCUGGACACCUGCAUAAUAAGGAUUCCAUGCAAUUUGCUUUAAAGUUUCCAUUUCAGGACACGGAUAUCCUCAUUGUCUCCUAUCCAAAGUCAGGCACCACAUGGAUGCAGGAAAUUGUGGGCCUUAUAACCAACAGGGGGGACCCACACUUGAUCCAAACCGUCCCAAACUGGACUCGUGCUCCCUGGCUAGAGCAAUAUUAUGCUGCUGCAGUAUUGGAGGCAUCAUCCAUCAUACCUCGAGUCGUCACCACACACCUGCAUCAUCACCUGCUUGCUCCUGCCCUCCAUGGUUCCAAAGCCAAGGUCAUCUACGUGAGCAGAAACCCUAAAGAUGUGGCCGUGUCCUUUUACCACUACCACAAAAUGGCCAACUUCUUGCCUGGACCCGGCACAUUUCCAGAGUUUUUAAAUCAGUUCCUGGAGGGUACAUUGUGCUUUGGUUCCUGGUUUGACCAUGUUAAGGACUGGAGCAGUCAGACAGCAACUAUGAACAAUCUGCUUCACAUCACCUAUGAGGAAAUGUGGCUGGACAUACGUGGCACCAUAAAGAGAAUAAGCUCUUUCCUACAAAAUCCUUUGGUGGAGGACGAGAUCAACAACUGUGUAAAACACUCCAGCUUCAGCAGCAUGAAAGACAACAAGAUGGUCAACCACACCACGAUUCCUCCAGAGAUAAUAGACCAUAGCAAAAGCUCCUUCAUGAGAAAAGGCAUGAUUGGAGAUUGGAAAAACAUGUUCACAGAGGAGCAGAAUCAACAUUUCCAAAACAUCUUCAAGUCCAAGAUGCAGAACUGCCCUUUAGAGUUUGUGUGGGAGGUGCAAGAUGAAGGGGAGAAACUCAGCUAAUGAACAAACCCCACAUGAGAACACAGACCUGUG